AUGGCUUCUAGAUCUCAAGGCGGUCAUCCUCACAUGGACGAAAAUCGAUCCUACAUGUCUGCAAGAACCGGUUAUACAGGCAAUGCAUCACAAGCUGGAUCCUUGGCGCCUCAACCCUUGGCUCAGCCUCAACCAGCUCCUCAUCCUCCGUUUUACCGAAUUCUGGGUUGCAUUGAAUGCUACAACCCUAAGCGAGAAAUCUUGGAAUAUGAUUAUUCAUACGAUGAUGUUAAUGGAAACAAGCCACCCCAAAGCUACCCACGCAUCCGAGAACGGGGAGAAUACUACAUCGAUUCAUACAAUUCUGAACCAUGGUCCGUCUCUUUCGGUACAACUGAGGCAAAUGGAAUUUGGUUCAACAGUUCGGACCAAGCAGGUUCCAUCAUGUCUGCUCUUGUCUGGCUACUUUUGCUUUAUUCGGCAGUGACAGUCACUUUGUUGACAAUCACUGAGGGUAUCCCGGUAUCAUUAGGAAUGGUAUACAACGUAUUGUGCGCAAUGGCAUUGGCGUGCCAUGCCAAGACAUCUCUGACUGAUCCUGGAAGUGUUCCUUUGGCUGCAAUCCCAAGCGAGCGCCAACGACUUAUGAAAGAAUCCCACUCUAUGUGUGGGCAAUGUCAAACAUUCAAGCCACCCAUGUCGCACCACUGCAGAAUCUGCAAUCGCUGUAUCAGUAAGAUGGACCACCACUGUCCUUGGAUGAACAACUGUGUCGGUGCUUCCAACUUGAAGCAUUUCUUGCUAUUUUUGCUUUACACUUGGACAUGCGCUGCAUUCGCAUUGUCUUUGUUUGGUUGGAAUUAUUUCUUUUGCGCGGAUGAGGACUGUACAUUCCACCCCAUUGUUGUUCACCUUGUUCGCGCCAUGACUCUGCUCUGUGUCGGUGCAUUUUUGUUUACGUCAUCAAUGUUGAUGAACGUUUGCUACGGUCUCAUGACUGGAAUUGGUACGAUUGAUCGACUCAAGAAAAAGGCAACAAACACCAUGUCACAAAGUGACGAGGAGCCGAUUCCAUUGAAGGAUGUGUUUGGAAUCCAGGGAUACCACACUUGGCCAUUCCCAAUUGACCCCAUCUUUGAGGAUUACGAUGUGGUUAUGGGAUACUGCACUCCUCAAAGACUAGACAGAGAAAGGCAGUUCAUGGAAUACAAGCGCCCUGUCCCUGAUGUACAAACAGCAGGAAGUAUGGAGCUACCCAAGUGCAUCAAUGAUUUGCUCCCUGUUUAA